AGUGAAACCCUAAAACACAGGACUCAGGCGCGCACUCUUUGGUGGUUCUGCAUGCCAGCCAUGGUGGCGAAUGCUAGCGCUGCUGCAUGCAUAAACUUGCUGGGACAAGGAACAAGAUCGCCAAGAGCAGCUUCUGUGAAGAGAAGCCGUUGCGUUGCCUGCUUGGCGAACUCAGAAAAAGAGACAACACAACAUAGUACUUGAAAGGCGCCUUUAGAAACUGAUUGGCCAGGGCAUAGGCAUGGAGGUGGUCAAAUCUUCAGUGCGUUUAAAUGCCCGCUUCUCGCAGAGCUGGAUCAAUGCUGGCUCGUACCGUCGGUGUCAUGAGAAUCACUACGUUUAUAGAAGACUUCCUGGGGUCUCGAUUUCAGGUCUGAGGCGUUCCCAAGGUAGAGGGUGGGCGGGCAUCCGAUGUCAUGGAGUCGACGAGGUCAACAACACAGAGAUUCUGAUCUGUACAAACAGGACCUGCAGAAAAGAUGGGUCCCUGCAGACUGUUCAAUAUUUUCGGGACUUGGCUCCGCCGGGGGUCAAAAUCGACACCACAGGAUGCAUAGGAAAGUGUGGAAAUGGACCAAAUCUGGUUAUGCUUCCAAGCGAGCUCAUCAUCAGUCACUGCAACACUGCUAGUCAUGUUGCACGGCUUUUAGCAUUGCAGUGUGGUGCCCCUGAUCCAGAAACCAAUCUCAAAGCACUCAACCUCAAAUACCAGGGCAACUCUGCGUUUGAGGGAGGCAAUCCACAGCGAGCGGAGGAGCUAUACACCGAAGCUAUCGGUUUGCGACCUUCUGGAGGUUUGCACCUCCUCUACGCUAAUAGAUCAGCAGCAAGGGUCGCCCUUGGUAAUUUCCAAGGGUCGCUAGAAGAUGCCCAGAGCGCCGCAAAAGAGGCACCAGAUUGGGCAGGGGCAGUCAUGCGACAGGCAGAAGCUCUCACCAAGUUGGGGGACAUCCAGGGUGCGGCCGCCACGUAUAGGAAGGCAGCUACCAUGGAUUCGAGUCUUGUAAAGAAAGUUCAACGGAGGUUGAAAGAGCUUGAGCGGCAAUGCAUAGAGUCGAACGUCCUUGAAGCUUCUUGACGUUUGAUGAGCAUGCAUACGUCUUCGAUCAGUCUCACUGCGAAAAUCCGCCUUAAGCAUCGUAGCAUUACGCUAUUAUUGUCUAUGGUCGUAAAAGGUGUUACUGCUGUACAGUUUUGCACACUCUAGGAAAGUCUAGGCUCAUUGAUUGACACGGCACAAUCUGGUGUUGAGAAGGUAGCUUACCCGUAUCAUAGAAACGAGGACACAUAGCUGAUUGCCCGCGCGCUGCUUGACAUUGCUAAUUUAUCCUCAAAGAACUCUAGGUCGAUGCCUGUCGACGAGUGUAAUCGAGAGGAACACAUUGUAGAGAGGAAGUAUCGAACUGGCGGUGUCCUCCUUAGCUAUAGCUCUGGACAACUGUUGACUAUCAGCUUGGCCGGCCCAUGCUAUGAAUUGGGCCUAAGAACAAUCCACGGCGUACGUCAACAGGAACACCGUCGUGGUUGAGGCUAGCUGCAUUCAGAUCUGCAGGGUGAUUCGUUGAAAGGCUGCGUAUGUGGCAUCUGAUAAGCAUCAAUGCCAGAUAAACUGACUUCUAGAUGAAGUCAAGACGGUUCAUAUCGCGGUUCAAUCGGAUGUAUCUCGACAAACA